CAAACAGAGAAGGGGAAAGGGGGGAACGCGCGGGAGCAUAAUAUGACCUGAAGAACUCAUAGAUUGAUAGAGAUGACAUCAUUUCUAUAUAUUUACCAAGUUUAGCGUUGGAGCCGUGACUGCACGGACGCGCUGUUGAUGGUGUGGUAUUCGUUCGUCGCUUGCACUUGUUGUUCGUUCUGUUCGGAGGCAAAAGAUUGGGACACUCCAUUGAGCGUGUCGGGCUCUACGGGAUGGUUGAAAUUGUGACCGAGUGCGGCUUCGAGUGAGAUAAUCAUAUCUGAUCAGUAACUAAAAAACCAACCAAAAAGAAGAAAAAAACUAAAAGUUUAAAGCAAGCGGACAGUGCACAAUUUUAUUUAUUUAAAGGGCAGGGCCACAAAACACACAUCACAGGUUUCAAGUGCUGGUUUCAAUCAAGAUGGCUACCGAAACCGAGACAGCAGCAAUUCACACAAAUGGCGGCCUGGAAACGGUGUCCGAGGAGGAGGGCACCAAACCGCGCCCGGCCGACAUCGAGGCCGACAUGCGCGAAAUGGAACGGCGUAAGCGGGUGGAGGCGAUCAUGAACUCGCGCCUGUUCCGCGAGGAGCUGGAGCGGAUCGUGGACGGGCAGAUGCGAGAGGGUUCCUCCACCAUCCUGCAGCACCUGUCGGACAUCAUGGGCAUGCCGGCGGCCCGCAUCGGCAGCGUGUUCAAGAGCUCGAACUGCGUCGUACCUAUCAACGACAUCCGGGGCGUGGAGUCGAUGAGCUACGAGAAGGGCGAGAAGAUCCUGCGCUGCAAGCUGGCCGCCUCCUUCCGGCUGAUGGAUCUGUUCGGCUGGGCGCAGGGCAUCGCGUGCCAGAUAACGGCCCGACUCAACGCCGACCAGGAGCUGUUCCUCGUGAACCCGAACGGUAUGCUGUUCCACGAGGUAACCGCCUCCUCGCUGAACAAGGUGAACAUGCAGGGACAGAUCGUUGAGCAGGGCACGACCAACUAUGGCAUCAACACUAGUCAGUUCACCCUCCACUCCGUAAUUCACGCCGCCAGACCGGAUAUCCGUUGUGCAAUAUUUGUGGCCUACAACGCCGUAAUGGCCGUCUCGGCACUGAAGCAGGGACUGCAGCCGCUUACGAAGCACGCCGCUCUCCUGGGAGAAAUAGCGUUCCACACGUAUGCUGGAGCAUUGAACGAACCGGAGGAGAAGGAUAAACUGUUGCGUAGCUUGGGUCCCGUGUCGAAGGUGUUGCUGCUGUCUAACCACGGAGCACUGUGCUGCGGUGAAACCAUCGAGGAAGCGUUCUACAACGUUAGUAACAUGGUAAAUGCCUGUGAGGCACAGCUGAAGCUGCUGCCCGUUGGGCUUGAGAACUUGAUCUUGAUUCCGGAGGAAACCCGCAAAGCGAUCUACGAUGCGGCACGCAAACCGUCCGGAGAGGCCCAGGAGGCGGCCACAGCUCAAACCGCAGAUAAUAAGGAAGGCGGUCAUGUUUCUAAAGCUCCGAAAUGGCGUGUCGGUGGUUCCGAAUUUGAAGCCCUUAUGCGCAUGCUGGACAACGCCGGGUUCCGCACCGGUUACAUCUUCCGCAAUCCGUUGAUCAAGGGCGACAUUCCAAAGCCACGCAACGACAUCGAGGUACCACCAGCUGUUUCGUCACUAGGCUAUCUAAUUGAGGAGGAAGAAUUGUUCAAACAAGGCAUCUGGCGCAAGGGAGAUCCACGCAAGGUUGGCGAUCGUACCCGUUGGCUGAACUCGCCGAACGUGUACCAAAAGGUGGAGGUGCUCGAAACAGGCACACCCGAUCCGAAGAAGAUUACAAAGUGGGUCGCCGAACCGUCUCCAACGCACUCGUCGACGCCAGUGAAGAUUGAACAUGCUCAUCAGUUUGUCCCGACCAACACCAAUCCGAGGGAAUUCAAACGAAUUCAGCAACAGAUUAAAGAUAAUCGUCGUGCGGAUAAAAUUUCCGCCGGGCCGCAAUCGCACAUCCUCGAGGGCGUAUCGUGGGACGAGGCAAAUCGCAUGAAGGACGCCAACGUAUCGGCGGCAGGCGACCACGUGGUACUGAUGGGUGCCGCCUCGAAGGGCAUCAUCCAGCGUGGCUACCAGCACAACGCCACCGUCUACAAGGCCCCGUACGCCAAGAACCCGUUCGAUUCCGUCACCGACGACGAGUUGAACGAGUACAAAAAGACGGUGGAGAAGAAGCGACAUGGCGAUGGCACUGACACAGAUUUCUCCGAAUCGGAAGCACUGAGCUCGCUUCAGAUCAGCGGCCCACCCAAGGGCGCUUCGCUCGUAAGCCCGCCCAGCCAAUCGGAACAGGAAGACGCCGGAGCAGAACAUCACGUCCUAAGAAUAGAAACUAAGCAAGCGCCUAAACCAAGCCAGCCAGAGGUUGUGCUAAGUGACGGCGAGCAAGUACAAAAUGGCGAACAAUCCGAUGCACACAUGAGCACAUUUUCACACAGCAGCAAAGAGCUGCAGGACAUUUCGACCGACGGAUCGCCGAAGAAGGACAAGAAGAAAAAGAAGGGCCUGCGAACGCCGUCGUUCCUGAAGAAACGAAAGGACAAGAAGCGCGUCGAAUCCUAAGCUGCGUAAACGCCUAACCCUAGCAGAAGCAGCCAAUCGUAGCCGUGGGUGCCAUGGUCGUUUCAAGCCACCUAGUUUGGAACGCUUUGGCGUUUGGGCUCCGAUCUAAUAGAGCAUUGACACGAUGUGUGUCGGUGGAAUGUUGGGGUGUUGAGCGCGUGUAAUGACGGUGGAUAACCGCGAAUGGAUGGGGAGGGAUCAACGAUCAUUCACCGUAAGGCAAGAGCGAGUAAAGUGGACGACAGCUGGAUAAGAGCAACGAAAAGAACGAAACAAAACGCGCGCGCAUAGCACCCCGCGUUCAUCGACGACAUCAUUAAAAAAAACCCAUGUAGUUCUAUAAGUUUGUCCAGAGAGAACAACUGAUAUCUUGUUUUCUUUUGUUCGUUAUUUUCUUUUAAAAUGUUCAGUUUAUUAUUAUUUUUCUCUUUGUUAACGUCGCGACUCUUCUCUUCAAUCACAAAUCGCGAUCGUAUCGUCCUCCGCGAAGACAGAUCACAUCGACGAUCCCCGCGGUAGUGCAUCGAUAAGAGACCAUUUUACAAUAUAACGCAAAGCCGUAGCGCAUGUUUGUGCGAGAGACAAAUGCUAGGAAGACACGAAAGCCACACCUCAGGCUACGGUUUAUGAAAUGGAGGCAGAACGCAUGUAUGCUAUUUAUAAAUGAAGAGGAAGAAUAAUUACGUUUUUCGCGGUUUGGCGCGGUGGGCAGGCAAAUUUCAGCAUCACCAUAUGAUGAGCAUAGGAAGAUAGGAGGACACAGUGCUCGCUGCACAACAGGCAGCGAUGCCAACUCGGUCCAUCAUCGAUUUAUGAUGUGCACUCACACCACCUGUUGUUGUA